GAGACUUUCCACCAAUUCAUGAUCCAAAACCUCGAGAACAACGUCUGACUCCGCGAGAAGAGUUUUCUCCCUGCGGCCUAACUCCUUCCAUGCCUCUUCCCGAAGACGAGAUAUGGCUCGCAAUGUUCCAGCCCGUGCAAGAAUACAAUGCUGCGACAUCCUGGCCUACAUCUUUCCAUGAGCAACCUCUUCCAUCUCCAGCAUGGCAUGCAGAUUGUCCAGAGGGCUAUGCGCCUACAACUCUCGCUGGAUAUCCUGUCAGCAGACAAUAUCCCUUGUACAUCCCUGCAGCCCAUGGUCCAGGCAUAGCGCUGGUUGAGAACGGACACUACUGUCUUGAUUUGAGUGAUCAAUGUUGCAUGGGAAAAUGUGAUAGAACACUCAUACACGAAGCCAUGGAGACGCUGACAGCACCUUCCCGACCAGAUCUGAGUAUACCGGUUCCUGGAGUGGGUAAACAUUUCGAAAUGCAUCCGUCAGGCCCAUCCGUAAACCCCGCGACGCGCAUGCCACCACCGCCAUCUACCACCCAGGAUGGACAGGACCGAUCGCAUACUCGAGAACAAGUUCAGCAACCGUCUCAGACCGAAGACUCCGUUUCAAGUACCCAAUCACUCUCCGACAAGCAGUCACAAUCGACUGUACCGGGCGUUCCACAAGAGCAUGGCCAGAAUGUCGCGUCGCAGUCGAGUAGCCAAGUUCGCACACCAGAAGAUGCGUCGCAAUCUCAGACCAGUUCGAUAAACAGUCCGACAAGACAUAAGAGAACUGCAAGCGGCCUUCUCAAGGCUGUCGACACACCCAACGAUCAAAGACCGCGCGCCGAAAGUGUGAGCUCGGCUGGUAGCAAGGCUGGCGAGGUUGCUGCUCAACUCAAAACUCGACUGGCGUACGCAAUGGUCAAGGUCCAACAUGGCUGGGAACAUCGCAACAUCAACGAAGUCGAGCAAUUGGCUGCCGCCUUGAACCCACGUAUGGCUGCCUCACCACCAGCAUCGAGCGCACCCAUCGAUAUUCGCUCACCACCCUCGAAACGACGUUCCGGAGCGGGUAUGGUCACUUGGUCAUUGUCAGACUCGAGUCCAGGCAUGAAUGGCUUGUCACAGAACUCCCACAUCUUCAGACGUCCCUCGGCCUCUUCUCCACCUGCACAGGUUCCCUCGACACCAAAAUCUCGGCCGCCACCUGUGCGCUCCACAAUGCCAACUCAGCAAGCCGAACAAGACGCCAUGGAUGCGCUAAUGUUGAUGGGCGGAAGUCCAGGUAACGGUGGCAAGUUUCCUGCUUCGCAAUCUUCGUCAUCGCAGCAGACGUUGCACUCUCAGUCACAGCAAAACUGGCAUAGCCAAGGAUCAAUGAAACCAUUGAGUCGUCCUCAUCCAGACUCCCCGACUGGACUGGAGAGAUCGCCCAAGCGACCCAUAAUCUUGAGCCGUAAUAACAGCAGUACUUCAGAAGUCAGUCUUGCUAAUAGCGAAGUCCGGGAAGCAAGAGAAAGAGUUUUGGAGGAAGUCGAAGAGGCGGCA